AUGCCGCUUUCUAUCAAGAUUUUUACUGAGCCUGGACCACAUUCGAAAAAAUAUAAAUCUAGUUCUUCAAAAACGGUUGUGAACACGGCUUCGAACAUAACUUUGAACACAACUUCUUACACGUUUACAGGCACAACUCCAAUAAAAAACUAUGACAGAACCCUUGGCUUUGAACACAUUUAUGUUGUUCACCUUGAACAUCGGAGAGACAGACUUUUCAAGAUGAUGGCCAUAGAGAAGGAACUUGAUGUAGAUUUCGAAUAUUUUAUGGCCGUUAACUUGAAUGAUAGUGAAACUCUCAACAAAUAUGGUUUCCACCAUGAUAAUCCCAACCAUAAGGCUUGUUACGUUAGUCAUUAUAGAAUCCUCGAUUCAAUUGUCAGAAACGGAUACAAAAGCUCUUUGAUUUUAGAGGAUGAUGUUGACUUGGAGGUUUUCCUCUUUGAGCUCAUAAAAGAUGUUUUUCGUCUGUUACCCACCGAUUGGGAAAUGAUAUACUUGGGGCAUUGCAAUUCGGGAGAAGAUAGGGGAGACUUUAUGGGCGAGGCUUUGGAUUUCAAAGUGUAUAAAUCUUCUUCACCAGCUUGUACGCAUGGUUACGCAGUUUCGCUCUCCGGCGCCAAAAAGUUAUUAAGAGAGCUCAUUGAUGGAUCGUUACCGUAUGAUUUGCAAAUAAGGGGACCGAUUAGAUCUGGAAAUAUCAAAUCUUAUACUCUUAUACCAUCGGCUAUCAUUCAAUGGAUAUAUGGUAAUCCUUCCGACAUUUCUCCUGGUGGAGACUCGUGGACCUAUCCUUUAAAGCAAUCCAUUAUGCAAUCCCUUGGGUUUAAAGCGGAAUAA